CGGGCGCGGAGACAACUCCGGCCGGAACGAGGUCAAGCGCAGCCGGCCACCGCGUCACACCUGUCUGAGGGGGCGGCGGCGGGGCGGGGGCUCGCAGCGCCCUUGACACCCGAGGGAAAGAGGGAGGAGGGAGCGCGGGUUUCAUCAUCGGCGGUGGCGGCGGCGGCCACUUAUAAAACUUCUGGGCGCGCACCCUCGCGCUCAGUCUCCUCCGGCCGCGCCGCGUGCCUCCUCCGGCCACCAACGCCGCAACCGCCACUCGCCGGCCGCCCGCCGCAGCCCAGGCGUCCCGGCCCCGCUCGCCCGGCCUCCCGCCCCGGGCCCCGCGCUGCAGCCACCAUGGGGCUCCUACCCGAGCCCGGCGCGCGCCAGGGCAGCGGCGCCUCUGCGGGCCGAGCCGGCCGCUGUCCCCGCUCUAUCUUCAGCAACGUUAAGGUGUUCGUGCUGUGCCAUGGCCUGCUGCAGCUCUGCCAGCUCCUGUAUAGCGCCUACUUCAAGAGCAGCCUCACCACCAUUGAGAAGCGCUUUGGCCUCUCCAGUUCUUCCUCAGGUCUCAUUUCCAGCUUGAAUGAGAUCAGCAACGCCAUCCUCAUCAUCUUUGUCAGCUACUUUGGCAGCCGGGUGCACCGUCCGCGUCUGAUCGGCAUGGGGGGUCUCCUCCUGGCUUCGGGGGCCUUUGUCCUCACCCUCCCACACUUCCUCUCAGAACCUUACCAAUACACCGUGACCAGCAUGGGGAACAGCAGCCGUCUGCAGACUGAGCUCUGUCAGAAACACUGGCAGGGCCUGCCCCCCAGCAGGUGCCACAGCAGCACCCAGGACUCCCGGAAGGAGACCAGCAGCAUGUGGGGUCUGAUGGUGGUGGCCCAGCUGCUGGCAGGCAUCGGCACGGUGCCCAUCCAGCCGUUCGGGAUCUCCUAUGUGGACGACUUCUCGGAGCCCAACAACUCGCCCCUGUACAUCUCCAUCUUAUUUGCCAUCUCUGUAUUCGGACCGGCUUUCGGGUACCUGCUGGGCUCGGUCAUGCUGCAGAUCUUUGUGGACUACGGCAGAGUGGACACAGCUGCAGUUAACUUGAGCCCCGGAGACCCCCGAUGGAUAGGAGCCUGGUGGCUGGGCCUGCUCAUUUCCUCAGCCUGCCUGGUUGUUACCUCUUUCCCCUUUUUUUUCUUUCCUCGAGCAAUGCCCAGAGGAAUGGAGAGGACUCCCACCAUAGCAGAUGAGGCAAGGAAGAUGGAAGAGGCCAAGUCAAGAAGCUCCCUGGUGGAUUUCAUUAAACGGUUCCCCCGCAUCUUCCUGAGCCUCCUGAUGAGCCCGCUCUUCAUGCUGGUGGUCCUGGCCCAGUGCACCUUCUCCUCCGUCAUUGCCGGCCUCUCCACCUUCCUCAACAAGUUCCUGGAGAAGCAGUACGGCGCCUCCGCGGCCUAUGCCAACUUCCUCAUCGGUGCUGUGAACCUCCCUGCUGCGGCCUUGGGGAUGCUGUUUGGAGGAAUCCUCAUGAAGCGUUUUGUUUUCUCUCUGCAAACCAUUCCCCGCGUGGCUGCCACCAUCAUCACCAUCUCCAUGAUCCUCUGUGCCCCUCUGUUCUUCAUGGGCUGCUCCACACCAGUCGUGGCAGAGGUCAACCCCCGCAGCACAUCAAGUUCUAUACAUCCACAGCCUCCCGCCUGCCGCAGGGACUGCUCGUGCCCAGAUUCCAUCUUCCACCCGGUCUGUGGAGACAAUGGGGUUGAGUACCUCUCCCCUUGCCAUGCUGGCUGCAGUGAAAUCAACGUCAGCUCUAUAGUCUCCAAGCAACCGACCUACUCGAACUGCAGCUGCGUGAGAGGAGGAUCCGCUUCAGCAAAGACGGGCCCGUGCCCCAUCCCCUGCGCCCACUUCCUGCUCCCGGCCAUCUUCCUCAUCUCCUUUGUGGCGCUCAUAGCCUGCAUCUCCCACAACCCUCUCUACAUGAUGGUGCUGCGCGUGGUGAACCAGGAGGAAAAGUCAUUUGCCAUCGGAGUACAGUUCUUGCUGAUGCGUCUGCUGGCCUGGCUGCCGUCUCCAGCCCUCUACGGCCUCACCAUCGACUACUCCUGCAUCCGCUGGGGCGCGCAGUGCUCUGGAAGGCGAGGGGCCUGCAUCUACUACGACAACGACGCUCUCCGAGACAGGUACCUGGGCCUGCAGGUGGGCUACAAGGCUCUGGGCACGCUGCUGCUCCUCUACAUCAGCUGGCGGGUGAAGAAAAACAAGGAGUACAACGUGCAGGAGAAGGCCGCCAGCCUCAUCUGACAGGCGACCUCGGCCGCCGCUCUGCUCUCGAGAACGGACCCUGCCCCGCACCUGCCCACAUUUACUAACGUUAACACGGCAUCUCCUUUUCAUUUCUUAAAUAAGAGAGAAAACCCCACCACCAUUUGCCUUCCCUGUCCCCCCCUCCCAGAGCACCCCAGGGUCCCUUGGGGCUGCUGUGCACCUGGGCCGGGGGGGGGGCACAGAGCUGGUGGGCUGGGUCUUCCCUGGCCCCUUGGGAGGGGCCCCCAGAGGCCCAGGCUCAUCCUGCGCAGUAGGGAUGCUCACUGAGGCAGCUCUGCACCCCCAGCCCCGUAGUGGGUGGUUUCCCAGGCGGAGAGACCUCUGGGUAUCUGCCCAGAGGAAGAAGGGAGGGCUGAGCUCUUACUGGCCAGAACCAGGCUAGGGGAGGGGGAGGCUGGCUGCAGCCCCCUCUGCCUCCGGGUUCGGCACCAGCACAGAACCCAGGAGGGGCUGGCUCCCUUCCCCUCAGAUCCUCACUUCCUGCCCCGAGAGGCCACUUUGGAAGCUUCCCCGUUGGGAAGUACAGCCAGCUGUUCCCCUCUGUUACCCACGCUCAGGCGCCAGAGCUGGGACUGACACCCAAGGAUGGGCCAUCCAAAUGCCGUUCUCGUUAACUCUAGGCCCUUCCGUACACGGGUCUGUGCAUGUUUAUCUCUGUCUUUCUGGGGGUAUAUCUCGAACUAAGAAUGCCACGCUGUGGUGAAGACCUGCGGCCGGCUGUGGAUAGCCGUGAUGCCCAGGCCCCACUCCACGGUGUGAGGACAGGACUCGUCAUCUCAGAGUGGUGGGAAGAACCCCUCCCCCACAAGCCUCCCCAGGCGCAGAUGCGGUGGCUUCACACGGGCUCCCUCGUCUGGACUUUAGCCUGUGUGUCGCGGAGUAAAGGGAGGCCAUCAGGGAUAUCCGCAAAACAGGUGAUGAAGCCCAGGGAACGUCAAAAGCCGCCAGGCUGCUCGGCCAUCUGCAGCCCACAAAGUAGAGGCCCGAGAGGUUGACUCUCCUGGUCCUGAACACACUCAUCAGCAUUUUCUCAGCCUCUUCUCACCGCCUCCAGAGGAGUGAGCGCCUUCUCCGGACUUGGGCUGAGAGGCGCUGCUGCUGUGGGUGCAGGUUCAGAGUCAGAAACCAGCAAGGGAGGCCUUUCAUCCACAAGUAUUUUAUUUAUUGGAGACCGACCUUGUGCAAGGCGGCGCUGGCGCGUGGUUCUCCCGGAGCUUCCCCGCCCUCCAUCUACACUAAGGCCUCCUCCCAGAGUGGGCUCACUGAGCAGGGCUGGGGCUGCACAAGCAAGAACCCGGAGAUUGUCAACAAGACCUUGACCGUCCACGCCCCAUCGGACUGAGCCUGCUCCUGGCCUUUACCAAACAGGGAGCUGACUCGCCAUGUCCUCUGGAGCAGCUGGACGUUGGUCGUGGCCACAUGCAGAUCUCUUGAGUGCCACUGCUCUUGGUAGACCCGUCCAGAAGCCACCUCCAGAAAGCCCUCAUAUGGUGGAAUGACAAUGGCCACACUGCCAUGGGACCGAAGUCUUUGUGAAAGCCACUGUCGCAGACAGCCUGAUUCCAAAGCCACCAGCUCUAUUUCCAUAGAUCUCACUCUGGAAGGGAGGCUCCAUGCAACCUCAGGCCCUUAAAUGGCCUGCUUGGAAAAUGAUUCCCUGCAACUAACCCUGGUCCUUCUCGCUGCCAUUUAACCAAAUUCUGAAGGCACUACCUUCAGCUGAGCUCAUGAAGAAUGAAUGCCAACCUUCAGAUUCUGGAAGAUGGUUGCCCUCCCAAGCCUUUUUUUCUAUUAUGAUAUUGCUAUUAAUAUAUUAUAAUUCUGCUGUUGAUAUAAUUUGGUCAUGAAUUUGUACUGUCAUGUAUAUUGGCUAGAGAGCAGACAGAACAUAUACCUUCUGGCCAGAGGAGCUGCCCCUGCCCCAACCCUUGGGGGCCCAAGGCCAUGGGGAUGGGAGGUGAUGCCACUCUAACCCAUCAUCCUGGUACAGAGCAGCAGCAGGUACCUCUUGUCCCUUCAGUGAAUCUCUGCAGGUGACUGUGAAGACCCCACAGUGCUGGGCUGUCAGGAGCCCUGAUCCCUGCCCUUGAGUUUAUAUGCAGAAGUGGGGUUGGACAUGGACAGCUAAGUCCAUGACACAAAAGAGAACUAAUAUCGUAAUCAUCACUGAUCACUUGGUCACAGCCAGUACAACUGGCCCACAGCAAACCUGCCAGCUGGGACUAUAAUGGUGUCACCUUCAUUUCACUUCCGGUGCAAAGCUUAACAAGCUUCCUUGAGUGUUGGACGCUCAUAGAGUGUGUUGUUAAAAUGCAGAUUCCCAACCCUCUCCACCCAGCCCCAGAGGCCCUUUAUAUGGGGCUGAAGGGGGCCCAGGAGUGGCAUUUUUAACUGGCCCCUCGUGUGAGGCUGAUGUGGCUUGUUAGACCCUGUGUGGUGGGUCGUCAGGGCCUCAAGGAUGUCCACUUAUGCUUAGACCACUGAGACACGGACCCACACUGGGCCUGUGGUCAGCUCAAAGGUGGCUGGAGGAGGAGAAGCCUCCAAUCAGGGGCUAGUGGACAUGGAAAACAAUGCAAGAGCCCACAUUUAUAUUGGGUUCUACCAGUCCUAAGGGUGGAACUCUCCCUCUACAAGCUUGAGAGUGCAAAAUGUGUCACUGUCAUUUCUUCAUAUUGGUUGUGUCUGACUUCAGGCCCUCACGCUGCUGACUGGCCGGAAAUUCAACCUCAACCAGCCUUGUGUUUGGCUCUCAGAGCCAUCUGCAUGUCCUUGGGUCCUGCCACUGUGGGUCUUUGGUCUCUUCCCAGUCUGAGGCCUCCUAGAAGCCCUGCUUCUUCCCUGAGCCUGGAAACCCUGAAGAGGCCAGAUCCCAAGACUAAGGUCCUGUGUACCCGCAAUGAUGCUCCCCAUCCCCACAUCCAGUCCUAGGAAGCCCACCCCUCUGCUCCACUCCCUCUCCCAGCCCCUCGGGGGCUGAAUGAAAAAGCCAGGAAAGGAAGGGUAUGCAGGAACCUUUUUAUCCCAUCCUUCCUUGAGCCUUUUUGGCACAGGAGAGGGAAAAUGCAGUGAGAAUUAAAUGCCACAUCUCCAUAAAUCAUGCUUUGGCCCACAGCCCUUUGGGGUGAUCCUUACCAUAGCCCCAUGUUGGAGGCCAGACUAGUCUUAAGGCUCCAUUUGAAGAUGAGGAAUCUGAAAUCAAGGAAGUGACCAUGUAGUCAAGUUUAUGCAAAUAAUAACUGGCCGGAUCUGGACUCAAACCAGGCUGUCCAGACCUCUCUGUCUGCUCCAGCUCCCCUACUGAGUCAGUCUGUUCCCUCGGAAGUUCACUAGCCCAUGGGAUGGAGGUGGGGGAAUCUACUGAGGGCCAAGCAAGGUAGGUAACGGAGGUGGAGAGAACCAGGUAAUAUUUCACUUACCACUUGCUUUUCAAGUAAUGAACGUUACAACUGUUCAUUAACCAGGGCCACGUCAGCCCUAUAGCACCAGAAGUUAAAGGAGAGUCACGGAGAAAAGGGACAAAGAGGAAAAGGCUUUUAGGAGAAAAGGCCUUGAGAGAGCUGCACACAGACAGACCUUCAAGGAGACACGCCCACCUGGUGACGGGUUAGCAGAGUCUCGCUUAGGAAACAAAGCCACGUUGUGAUUUUCUCCAGCUGCGUUCAAAGAUGAAGAGAUACAUUUAAUCUGGGGGUGAAUCCAGUCACUAUCAAAUUAAUAUUAAAAUAUUAUAUUACAGA